CCUCAGACUCAGAGAUCUGCCUGCCUCUACCUCUCGAGUGCUGGGAUUAAAGGCAUCCAUCACCAUGCCUGGCUAUUGGGCAUAUUUCCAUGUGUAACACGAUGAACUUUUAAAAUAUCAAUCUGAUCUUAUUGUUACUGUGCUUAAAACCUUUGCAGAACUUCAUCAUUGCUUCCAGAAUAAAAUUCCAAACUUCUUUGAUAGGCUUUGGAGCCAGUCAGGAUGGCCUCUGGCAGUAUCUGUGGCCUGUUCUCUCCCCUGCCCUCCCCACCCCAAUCCUCUUGAUCUCAUUGACUUUCCAGACUGCACAGGGCAUGCCUUUAGGCAGUACCUUGCCUUUUUUAGUUCUCUCAUGAUCAAGGUUUUAAGAGGCAGUCCUCAAUACUGGUUUCCUUAUUUGUGUGUCCCAGUGUGCGAUCAAGGAAUCUUAGCUGACUCCAGGACUAGAUCAUAAGUCAAUGCCUGAGGUUAAAAUUGAGUGUAAUCUAAUCAAAAUACCUCUUGGAAAUCCCAAGGCGGGUGCCACAUUGAAGGCCAGCGUCACAAGGUUCUUGCAGUCAGUUCUUGCCUUUGUGGAAAGGGUCACUCUUUCUUUGGUGGAGUACUAGGUGAAGCAGUUGAGCCUGCAGUUUAGGACGGUGUCAUGCAAAUGUUGCCUUAUCUUGGUGUCACCACACUCAGUGAGAUCACUUUUAAGAAGCUUGGGAACUUGGGCCCCAGAAGCAGCAGAAGAACAAAGGCUGUCCAGGUUUCCCCCUCCAGCUUGCCUGGGCUUGCUGAGGGGAGGAUGGAGGUAGUGUGGCUCCAUCGCUUUGCAGCUAUUUUUGUUGUUUACUUUUCAAACAAGUGCUUCAUGUUUAAUCCUGUGCUCGUGUAAGGCCGACCACAUGCCUUUAGCCCAGCACACCUCAGUGGACUUUCACUUCCUGUUCCUGGUUAAUAUGUUCGCUAGGCUGUAAGCUCAUGAGAGCAGGGACCAUGUUUGGCUUGUGCACUGGGCUUUCUCCAUACUUGUCACCAUACUGGCCCAGCAGGUCCUCCAUGAACAUUUGUGAGAUUGUAAACCUUCAGCCAGAAGAGCAGCUCUACCCUCAGGCCCAUGCCUCUUACACUCCAGUCCUCGUUUUCCGCCACGUGUAUGGUAUGCUUUAUUUUCAUCUUUUGUUCUUGUUUUCCUUCCAGUCUGUGAGCUCCUAAGGAGCAGUAUCUUCAUGUAGUUUUCUCUGUAUCCCUGAACCAGGCCAGCCCGGUGUAAGUAGUGUUUCAGAAGUAUUUGGGAAGUGAAUGAAUUUGACAACACAGCUCACACACCAUUUUGUGCAGGCUUUUUGAUUCUAGCUGAGUCCCCCAGAUACAAAAUGGCCAGAGUAUUCGUUGGUAUACCAUGUGUGCAAAGAGCUCUCGUUAAGUAGAUCUCAGAAAACAUCAGAUGUUGAUGGUCUGCCAUAGCUGAGCUGGAGUUUAUCCAGUUCUAGAAAAGUUGCUGGGAAAUCAUUUUGUUUUUCAGACUUGGGGACAGUUUUACUGGGGUUUAAAAGAAAACCACCAGGCAAGUUGUAAAUCACAGCAUGAUGAUGAGGAGAAAGAAACAGAAAGGGUCACACUGCUUGAGUUAAGCUGACUGAGACCUCAGCCAUGUCAUGGCCAGGAGAGGACUUUAGAGAAGGAGUAAGCAAGUCCAUAAAGUCCAUAGUACCAGAAAGAGCAUGCUUGGGCCCAACCAGUAUCUAAAAAAGGAUUAGGUUCUCUGAACAGUGGUUCCUCACAGUCCUGAGCUAGGAACCCAACCCAGAUCUACUACAGGAACAGAGUUGCUCUUAACCUCUGAGCCAUCCCUCUCUGAAGAUUUUUUUUUUUAAAGUAUUCAUCCUCCCUAGGAUAGGAGGAAAGAAGGCUGGCAGGUAAGUAGGAGGCCCGGAAGAGGGAACAUUGAACCAGUUCUUAGCCCGUGGUCCUUUCAAGAUAAAUGACAGCAACCCAGAACAGGAGGCAGGAAGUAGCUGCCUGCUAGAGCAGCUGUUGUGCCUGAAGCAGCAUUCCUCCUCUGCUACAGCGUGCUGUCGCUGGUGAAAGGCCACUGUACACUUUGGGUAGGCAGUAGUAGUGUUGCUUUAACUGCUGCGUGGAUAAGUUUGGUGCCUAAGUCUUUGCUUUUAAACCUUAUAUAGUGAGAUGUAACUUAGAACUUGAGCCUUUUCCUCUCCCUUUAAAUGUAAGAACUCAAAGAAGAAAAUAUUUUUGGUAAUAUUGAGAGUAGUACUUUUGCUUCAAGACAGAUUGUAAAGUACGUAAUGUGACCAGCAGCAAAAGCCUAGAACUAGUCUUAUGUUUAUGUGGCAAAUCUUAGCAUAACGAGUAGUAGUCCUGACUCCUCGGAUACCUGAUAAGCAUUUCACAAAACUCAUAUUUCUGGAAGCAUUCGGGGAAUUGCUGCCUCAAAGCCUGUUUCAAAUGGUGUCUCCUUGCUACACAAGCUGCCCUGUCCUAGAGCCCUGACUAGUCUAGAGCUGUCAAUCCUACAUCAACCUCCCGAACACUGGGAUUACAGAUUUGCCUUGGCUCUAUAAAUUUUUCUUUUGAAAUAAAUGCAAAAUCACAGUAAUGUUCAGGAUAGAACAAAGAACAUUUUUUUCUAUAUUUUAUUUACCAUUAAGCAUAGUUAAAGCAUGAAAGUGGUAUUUUACUAUGCUAUUGAUAAACUCCAGUGCCUGUGAUACUCAGUGUACCAAAGUCACUAGUCAUCUGUUUAAGCAGUUCCAGGGCCCUUUCUGGAUGCUCGGAUUCUUCAAUCGUUGAGACUUGUGUGACCUCAAACACCCUCUACUCCUGGACCAGUGAGGACCAGUGUAGGUCAGAGAGCAAGAGCCUCACACCAUUGACCAAAACAGCCUCUCCCUAUCCUAGUGUUGGGUCCAAUGACUUGUCCCUUUCCUGCUUAUGUACAAAGGUUCUCCUGAGUGCCAUGAGCAGUUGGCAGCACUCUUAGCUCAGGUAGAAUGUCUUUGAAGAAAGGCAAAUAGGACGAUGACUGGAGCUGAGGCAGAUGGUGGGGACUCAUUCUCUUUCACAUUCACAGCUGGAAGACAGAACGUGUCCCUCUCCGGGCCUUAGUUUCCUUGUCCAUUAAAUGGAGGUCUCAAAUGGGAUGACCUCAAAUUUCUUCUCUGCACAUGGUAGUUGAGAUGGGAGGGACUCCUGCUAUGCUUUGCAAGGAGCAUUGGGAGUAUCUAAUAGGAAGGAGAUGAGGUCAUCAAGAGACCCACCUGGUCCCACAGCCAGUGCAAGCUCCCUUCCUUCCCUUCAGUCGUGAAGGGACAAGAAGGACCAGUGAGAUGGCUCAGUGGGUAAAGACUCUUGUCACCAUGCUUAAUGGCCUGAGCUUUCUCUUGGAUCUACAUGAUGGAAAGAAAGAUUCCUGCAGGUUGUCCUUUGACCUCCACACAUGCACUGUGACAUGUUCAUGUGUGAACAUGCGUGUUCAGUCUUUAAUUUGGGAGCUAUUUGAAAAGAUAGCCUAAGGCACUAGUUUGCUUGGGCAGCUAUGACAAGAUACCACAGAAUGGAUGGUUUAAACAAUAGACAUUUAUCUUCUUACAAACCUAGAAGCUAGAAGAGGAGAGGGUUCCAGCAUGAGAGUUCUCUCCUUGGCUUGCUCACAUGGCCUUUCUCCUCUGUGUGCCUGUAACCCUUCUCAUAUCACCAACCCUAUGGCAUUCGGACUGGGCCCCACCCUUUUGAACUCUUAAACUUAAUGACCUUCUCAAAGCCAAAUUUCUAAGUCUAGUCACGUUGAGGUUCAGAACUUGAAUACAGCAAUUUGGAGGUGGAUGUUGUUCAGCUCUUGGAACCUGGGAAUGCAAGGGUGCCAGUCUGUAUUUUUGCUCUGUAAAUUCUCAAAAACUCAUGAUCUGAAGAGAGGGCUUUGUAGUAGUUGAGGAUUCUAGUUCUGGAGGAGACAGUCAUGUCUGGCUCCCAGCUCAGCAACUUAGCCAGCCAUGUAGCCUUGGGCUCAGUCCUUAGCCUCCCUCUGAGAUCAGCACCAUCCGCCAUGAGAUGACACUACCCUCUGAUAAAGGCUAUUCCAGGAGGCCUUGGCUCUGCCUAUCCCCAACUCCCUGUGGGCCUCAUCUUCAAAUGUACUCUCUCAGCUUCUUGAGGGAAGGCUGUCCGUAAGUGACUAGAACCACUUAUGAGGGCAGCCCCUCCACUGGUGCAUGUGUCACACUUCCUGUUUGCUUGUGACUCUCAAGACAGCAUCCCACCCACUGCACACCUCCCUCUCUGAACAUGUAUCGAAGAACUUCUCUUUGGGUGAGGUGGGGAGGGGAAACAGGGUCUCCUUGCUACAUAAGCUGGCCUGGCCUAGAGCCCUGACUAGUCUAGAGCUUUCAAUCCUACAUCAACCUCCCGAACAGGUUUGCCAUGGCUCAAUAUACUUUUUCUUUUGAAAUAAUUGCAAAAUCAGUAGCAUUGAGGCUAGAACAAAGGGCAUUUUUUUCUGUAUUUGUUUUACCAUUCAGUCUUUCCCUUGUCUCCAUCCCCAACCCCCAAACUAUUUGAAUUAUUUUGCACUGCAUUCCACUUUACCCUCACCAUGCUUUUUUAUGUUGUGUCCGUUGGAUAGUUACCAAGUUCAGGAAUAUGUAGUGUCUUGUCAGUAUAAUAAUUGCUCAUUUGUAGUUUAAGCUUUAGGCUUCUAGCUGUCCAGCAAUGCUGUUUCAAGCAUUUUUUUUUCCUGGUUCAGGAUCUAAUCUGGCAUCAAGCAGUGGACUGCCUUUGUUCUGUAAUGGGAACAUGUCCUCAGCUUUUCUUUGUCUUUCAUGACAUGGAUAUUUUGGAGGGAUACAGUCCAGUUAGUGGUAUAAGAUUGGCAUUCAGGUUGGUUCCUUGAAGUAUGUAUUUGCUGAAUUUACAGCCUAGGACUGGGUGCUAUGAGAAGAACAGAACAUGAGACAGCAAAGCCAAGCCCUAACUUAGGGACCUGAAGCUCUGGUUUGUAGGAAAAUAUUAGUAUCAGAUGGGCUGGGCGGGACUCCUCUGCAAGUUGUAAUCACCGGCCUUGACAAUCUUGGUUGGGUGCAGGAGGUAUCGCACUCUAGAGUCUACAGAGAUGACAGAAAACGCUCCUGCUCCCUGUGCAGCUCUCGGCCACCCACAUUGCCCAGCAUCCUGAGAUGUCUGGGAUUGGCAUUCAGUCUUACUGCUUGCAGAGUUCCUAAGUGAGCUGUUACCCCAGGCUUUCCUACCCUACCAAAGGUGUGAUUUAUGAUGCUAGACUGACCCUUUCUUCCCCAUGGGCCAAGGUUGGGAGAAUCCUUGAGUGGCUCUACCAAACGCCCUUGGAUUUGGGAGGAGGUGGGCACAGAGGAGUGAUGGGAAGAGGGGCGUGCUACUGCAGCUUGUGACAGGUCUGUCCAACAGCCUCAGGGUUCUUGCACUAUGGUGUGGCAGUAAGUCAUCAGACCUGGAACUCUGCUUUUCUAGUGCUGCUAAUCUCUGCUAGGUGGUGUGCAGAGAGAAAUGGUGAGUUGUGAUCUCUAUUCGAGUAAUUGUGUAAGAUCUAGUCAAAUGUCAGACCAAAGCUGACAGUGUAGAAUGUUUGGAGUGUCAUUGAAUCUUCACAGAACUUUGGCUAAGUAAGUUUUCCAUGUGAAAAACAAAAUAAAAUUGAUUUUCAUGCAGUCAUUAAGGUCACAUGGUUGUCUACUUUAUGUUCAUACAGUAACACUUCAGAAUGUUCUUUUACAUGCAUGUAAGAACAAAAGGUUCAAUGCCUAGCCUUUCUGAAUUAAGAUUGAGUACAGUCUAAAUUUCAAUUCUUUCCAUGCACUGGCAUCAUUUUAAUAUGUCAAUCACUUGUGGCUGGUAGCUCCAGUUGGAGAGCAGGAUCCAGAGCAGCCCAUCUUUGCAGAGAGGUCUUACUACAUGGCCUAGACUGGUCUCAAACCCAGUCUUGCCCUACACUCCUAAAUGCUAGGAUUGCACUAGGCUUCCCUGUCCAGGGUUCUGCUGGGCUGCCUUCUAGAGAGACUUCUUGCCCUCGUUGCUGUGUGGACAAAUUUGACCAUUGAGGGAGUUGGUCUUUAGGUCUGACUGCCUCUGUUAAGUAGUAGAGUUUCCACAGCCUGGGCUGGGUCAGAGCUGUGCUGUAAAGCCAUGGAGUCUACCUCUUCUGUUGAGCUGAAAGCUCAAAGCCCUGUGAAGCCAGUGUCAGCUGCAAAUUUUGGGGACAAUCGAGCAACAGCUGGAUUGAAGCAAUGACUUCAGCUAAUACAUUGGGUCUUCAUGCUCACCCAGCCCUCCCCAGCCCUAGGCCUUGAGUCUAGGAGCAUAUAUAAGAGCCCAGUACCUGGCUGUGGGGCACUGUCUAUGGGAGGGGUCCAAGACUGGGCUGGAAGCUGAACUCAUGUGUCUAUCUGGGGAGCAUUCUGGAUGGGAUGGACUGGAAUCCAUCUACCUGGAUGACUGUUUCUCCUGUACCACCUCUAUCUGCCACAGGACUACCACCAGCCAAAUCUUAGCUCAUUCAUGCAUGAAAUGGUGUGUCUAGUGAGUGAUGGAGCUGGGCUGACAAUUGUCUAAGUUCCCAAGACACAGCCCACAGCUAUGGGGGAAGCCACAUGCUGGCCUUGUAUAAACCAGGAUGGCUAUGUCUACUUGAAAGUACCUGUGGGCCUAUGGGCCCUUGUCUGUGUAUGCCUCUGUCCCCGCCUCCUGGCCUCCGGUAGAGGAGGGGAAGCUGAGUGCCUUCUGAGUCCUGUGUCGCCCACUCAGCUCACACAGCUGCAUCUGCUCCAGCUAUGAAGUGGCUCUUCCACACCCUUCUCUGCAUGGCCAGCAUGAGGCCACUGGGAGCCUUCAAUGUGGAUGUGGCCUGGCCCUGGGUCACAGCACUGAAGCCAGGCGCACCUUCUGUGCUCAGCUCCCUUCUGCAUCGAGACCCCAGCACCAACCAGACCUGCCUCCUGGUUGCCAGACACAGCACCAAGAAUACGUCAGCACCCCUGCAUCGAUGUGCCAUAUCCAACACUCCAGGUGACCUGGAUUGCCGUCCAGUAGAACACAUCUAUAAGCCGAAGGGCAAGUACCAGGGCGUGACAGUGGCCCGGAACCACCAUGGUGUUUUGGUUUGCAUUCAGGUACAGGCCCGGCAGCUCAGCAGUCUUAACUCCGAGCUCACAGGUGCCUGCAGUCUGCUGAGUCCCAGCUUGGACCUCCGGGCCCGAGCCAACUUCUCUGACCUCAAAAGACUCCUGGAUCCAGACACCCAUGUGGACCCUGGCGACUACAGAAACAAAGGAGGCAGCAUGGGGGAGGAUAAGAAACUAGUCAGAGGACCCCGGGCAGCGGAAGAGGAAGAAGAGGAGGAGGAUGAAGAAGAGGAAGCUGGCACCGAGAUUGCUAUUGUUCUGGAUGGCUCGGGAAGCAUUGAACCGGAAGACUUCCAGAGGGCCAAAGAUUUCAUCUCCAACAUGAUGAGGAACUUCUAUGAGAAGUGUUUUGAGUGCAGCUUUGCCCUGGUGCAGUACGGGACUGUGAUCCAGACUGAGUUUGAUCUUCAAGACAGCCGGGACGUGAUGGCCUCCCUUGACAGAGUUCAGAGCAUCGUUCAAGUGAAGAAUGUCACUAAGACUGCCUCAGCCAUGCAGCACGUCCUAGACAACAUCUUCAUUCCAAGCCGUGGCUCCAGAAAGAAAGCAUCGAAGAUCAUGGUGGUGAUCACUGACGGUGACAUAUUUGAGGACCCUCUGAACCUUACAACUGUCAUCAACUCCCCAAAAAUGCAGGGAGUUGAGCGCUUUGCCAUUGGGGUAGGCGAUGCAUUUGAGAAGGUUAAGACUGACAGAGAACUGAAGUUGAUUGCCUCGGACCCUAAAAAGAACCACACUUUCAAGGUGACCAACUACACGGCUCUGGACGGGCUGCUGAGCAAGCUGCAGCAGAGCAUCAUCCAUAUGGAAGGCACAGUUGGAGAUGCCCUUCAAUACCAACUCUCACAGACUGGCUUCAGCGCCCAGAUCCUGGACAAGGGACAGGUGUUGCUUGGCACUGUGGGAGCCUUUAACUGGUCUGGGGGUGCGCUGCUCUAUGACACACAGCGUGGUCGGGGCUGCUUCCUAAACCAGACAGUCGAAGACUCCGGCGCUGCGCAGUACAGCUACCUCGGUUAUUCAGUGGCAGUGCUACACAAGGCCCACGGCUUCUCCUACGUGGCAGGGGCUCCACGGCACAAGCUCCGUGGGGCUGUGUUUGAGCUCCAGAAGGACAGAGAAUCCACCUUUGUGCGACGGAUGGAGGGAGAGCAGAUGGGGUCCUACUUUGGCUCUGAGCUGUGCCCUGUGGAUAUUGACAUGGAUGGAACCACAGAUUUUCUGCUGGUGGCUGCUCCAUUUUAUCAUAUCCGUGGAGAAGAAGGCAAGGUCUAUGUGUACCAUGUGCACGAGCAGGAUGCUUCCUUCUCCUUGGCAUACACACUGAGUGGGCACCCUGGGCUCCCCAACAGCCGCUUCGGCUUUGCCAUGGCAGCCGUGGGGGACAUCAAUCAAGACAAAUUCACAGAUGUGGCCAUUGGGGCCCCCCUGGAGGGCUUUGUGGCAGGUGAUGGGACCAGCUAUGGCAGUGUGUACAUCUACAACGGACACUCAGAUGGCCUCCGUGCCAGCCCUUCCCAGCGGAUCAGAGCCUCCUCUGUGGCCUCGGGACUCCGCUACUUCGGCAUGUCUGUGGCUGGUGGUUUGGAUUUCGAUGGUGAUGGCCUGGCUGAUAUCACGGUGGGCUCUCGGGACCGGGCAGCUGUGCUUCGCUCACGACCUGUGGUUGACCUGACCGUGUCCAUGACCUUCACCCCCACUUUACUGCCGAUGGCCUUCCAAGGCGAGAUGGAUGUAGAACUGUGUUUUGAAGUUGGCUCCUCAAGUGAGGCCUCUAAGCAAGGCCUUAGAGAGAUGUCACUCAACUUCACGGUGGAUGUGGAUGUGACCAAGGAGAGGAAGAGGCUGCAGUGCGCAGAUGCGAGCAACUGUCAGAGCUCCCUUAGGAAGUGGAGUGGGGAGUCCUCUCUGUGUGAGCACUUCCGUCUCAUCCCCACGGAGGAGGAGCUUUGUGAGGACGACUGCUUUUCCAACAUCACCAUCAAGGUCAGCUACGAGUUCCAGACACCUGGAGGAAGGAGGGACCACCCCAACGCCAUCCUGGACCACUAUAGGGACCCCUCUGCCAUCUUCCAGCUGCCCUACGAGAAGGACUGCAAGAACAAAGUAUUCUGUGUUGCCGAGGUCCAGCUGACCACCACUAUCUCGCAGCAGGAGCUGGUGGUGGGAGUCACAAAGGAGCUGACCAUGAACAUCAGCCUGACUAACUCCGGGGAAGAUUCCUACAUGACAAUCAUGGCUCUGAAUUAUCCCAGAAACUUACAGUUUAAGAGGAUACAGAAGCCAUUCUCUCCAGACAUUCAGUGUGAUGACCCCAAGCCAGCUGCUUCUGCCCUGGUCGUGAACUGCAAGAUUGGUCACCCCAUACUCAAGAGGUCAUCUGUAAAUGUCUCAGUCAUUUGGCAGCUAGAGGAGAGUGUCUUUCCAAACAGGACAGCAGACAUCACUGUGACCAUCUCUAAUUCCCAUGAGAAGUCUUUGGCCAGAGAGACCCACAGCCUUCAGUUCAGGCAUGCCUUCACUGCAGUUCUUCCCAGACCGUCAGUGAUGUACAUGAACACAAGCCAGAGCCCUUCGGACCACAAAGACUUCCUCUUCAAUGUGCAUGGGGAAAAUCUCUUUGGAGCUGUAUUCCAGCUGCAAAUUUGUGUCCCCGUCAGAUUACAAACUUUCCAGAUUGUAAGAGUGAAGGAUCUGACAAAGACUCAGGCCCACACGGAGUGCACGCAGAGUCAAGAGCGCGCUUGUGGAAGCGAUCCUGUUCAGCAUGUAGAAGAAUGGCAUUCAGUGAUCUGUACUAUCACAUCGAAUAAAGAAAAUGUAACUGUGGCUGCAGAGAUCUCCGUGGGCCACAACAAGCAGUUACUGAAAGAUGUAACUGAACUGCAGAUCCUCGGUGAAAUAUCUUUCGACAAAUCUCUCUACGAGGGGCUGAACACAGAGAACCACAGAACGAAGAUCACUGUCAUCUUCCUGAAAGAGGAGGAGCCCCACUCUUUGCCUCUCAUCAUUGGCAGCAGUAUUGGAGGCCUCCUGGUGUUGGUUGUGAUUAUAGCCAUUCUGUACAAGUGUGGCUUUUUCAAGAGAAAGUAUCAGCAGCUGAACUUGGAGAGCAUAAGGAGGGCCCAGCUGAAGGCGGACAGUCUGCUGGCGGAAGAUUAGAGCCCUGCUUCAGUCCCGGGGCCUGGACGUCCAGUGUCUGCCGCAUACUCUGCUUAGGACGACCUGGGAGCAUCGAACGAACCGUAGCGUUGUUCACAGCACUCAUUGUUUCCAUAAUGUUGGUGCGUUGUGCAGAAGGGAAACUUGGACGCAUUUUCUUUUGAA